AUGACUUUCCAAGGCCAGCGAUGCAAGGACAUCCUGCUGUCUCUACUGAUCCGUUGUUGGAUACAAGUACCCAAACAGAGUGAUCAAAGCAUCAAGCCUCCCACCAGACAAUCAGUAUCCAUCCAGCCUCCCACCAGACAAUCAGUGUCCAUCCAGCCUCCCACCAGACUACCAGUGUCCAUCAAGCCUCCCACCAGACUACCAGUGUCCAUCCAGCCUCCCACCAGACUACCAGUGUCCAUCCAGCCUCCCACCAGACAAUCAGUGUCCAUCCAGCCUCCCACCAGACAAUCAGUGUCCAUCCAGGCUCCCACCAGACAAUCAGUGUCCAUCCAGCCUCCCACCAGACUACCAGUGUCCAUCCAGCCUCCCACCAGACAAUCAGUGUCCAUCCAGCCUCCCACCAGACAACCAGUGUCCAUCCAGCCUCCCACCAGACAAUCAGUGUCCAUCCAGCCUCCCACCAGACAAUCAGUGUCCAUCCAGCCUCCCACCAGACUACCAGUGUCCACCCAGCCUCCCAACAGACUACCAGUGUUCAUCCAGCCUCCCACCAGACUACCAGUGUCCACCCAGCCUCCCACCAGACAACCAGUGUCCAUUCAGCCUCCCACCAGACAACCAGUGUCCAUUCAGCCUCCCACCAUCUCUGUGACCAGUGGCCACUAG